AUAUAAAUCCCGUAAAUUGCGAUAUUAACAACAGUUCAUAGCUGAAUAGUUGCGGAUUAUUAAUCGUAAAUCAAAAUCUGUUAUCGCGAAGAAAAAAGUGAUUCCCAAGUCGAAACAUGAAACGGACGCUCUUACUUUUCUUCACACUCAUUGUUGCCACAAUGAGCUUCGAAGAUAUUGCGGAAAGGAUAGCGAGUUCUCUAGAAAUGACGAGAGAAGAAGUGCAGACAUGCUUCCACAAAACAAAUGCAACACUUGAAGAUCUAAUGCAAAUUGACGAAAUUUCCGAAGACAGGUUACAGACUAUGGAUUUCGAUAACUCAGCUGUAAAGAUAGGCUGUUUCUUCGCCUGCUUAGGCCAAAAAAAAGGAGUGAUGACGGGUGCGCGUGUAAAUGUGGACUACAUAAAGCAGUUUAUAAGCUCCCACAAAAAAGCUAGACCUAAUCAACUCACCAGAGCAUUUAAAAUACUUGAUACUUGUGCUGAUCAAGUUAGAAGCAAAACCAACGAGUGUGAAGUGAGCCUCAAAUACAUAUUGUGUUUUAUAUAUAAAAUGGAACGUACAUACAGAAGUAAUAAUAUCGAUGAGUAAAUAAAAAAUGGUAAUUAUAUUAGAGGCAAUGCUAUUAUCUUAUCAUGUUUGAUGCUUCUGGGCUAGCACAUAUCAUGGGUUUCCCAGAUUCACAUAAAACUAUUCCAUAUUUGAAAUUGAAGAGAAGAGUUAAAAAAAAAAUGUUCUUCCUUGAAAGAAAUAAGGAAGUUUUUUAUAGAAUUCCAGCAUCCAUACUGUGCUUGCAUAACCUUCCAUUUUAAUAAGAAAAAGACGCUUGUCAGUUUCUUAUUAUCACAAAUUUGACUUUGAAUAAAAUAUAUGGUGGAAGUAGUUUUCCACUGUUAUAUAAAUUAUGUAAUCUAAUUUAAGCAAGUGUGUCCGCAAUAAUGAAUACUCGUAAACCAUUGUAUAGGAGAAAGAUAAUAAAAAACAAAUUAUGUUUAUUA